GUGCGCGCGGGGGGCGGUGCUCGCCUUCAGUCCGGUCGCAGCUCCGCACGCAGCGGCCGCAUCUUGCUCCGAACCACCGGCAGAACCGCGCUGCUCUCCGCGUCUCGCCCGGUUGUACCGUGGACUCCACCGAGCGGGUAAAAACACCACCGAAGAAGAAGAAACAGCAGCUAGCUUCAGCUAGCAGCGCCGACAUGGUGGCAUCAGCUCCGGGGGUCCUGCUGGUCCUGGUCCUGGUCCUGGUCCUGGCUCUCCAGCUCUGCGGUACCGUCCGCGGAACAAAAACUGAAUGUGAAACAAACCAGUUCCAGUGUGGGAACGGCCGCUGCAUCCCGUCUGUGUGGCAGUGUGACGGAGACCAGGACUGCACCGACGGCAGCGACGAGAGCUCCUGUGUGAAGAAGACCUGCGCAGACGUGGACUUUGUGUGUCGCAGUGGACAGUGUGUCCCAAAGAGGUGGCACUGUGACGGAGAGCCGGACUGUGAGGACGGGUCUGACGAGAGCCUGGAGAUCUGCCACGCGAGGACGUGCCGAGUCAACGAGUUCAGCUGUGGACCUGGAACCACUCAGUGCAUCCCGGUCUUCUGGAAAUGUGACGGAGAAAAGGACUGCGACAACGGCGAGGACGAGGUCGACUGUGGUAACGUCACGUGCGCUCUGAACGAGUUCACGUGCACCAGCGGCCGCUGCAUCUCCCGUAACUUUGUGUGCAACGGCGAGGACGACUGCGGCGACGGCUCUGACGAGGUGGACUGCGCUCCGUCCUCCUGUGGUCCCAGUGAGUUCCAGUGUGGGAACUCGUCCUGCAUCCCCUCCAGCUGGGUCUGUGACGACGACGUGGACUGCCAGGAUCAGUCGGAYGAGUCUCCGUCUCACUGCGGCCGCCACCCGACGCCGCCGGCCAAGUGCUCGUCCAGCGAGAUGCAGUGCGGCUCGGGGGAGUGUAUCCACAGGAAGUGGAGRUGCGACGGAGACCCCGACUGCAAGGACGGCAGCGACGAGGCCAACUGUCCUGUUCGGACCUGCGGCUUGGAUCAGUUUAAAUGUGACGAUGGGAACUGCAUUCUGGGUAAUAAACAGUGUAACGGCCUGAGAGACUGCGCCGACGGCUCGGAUGAAGCCAGCUGUAGAAACGUCACUCAGUGCAACGGGCCGCACAAGUUCAAGUGUCGCAGCGGAGAGUGCAUCGACAUGAGCCGAGUGUGCAACAAGGUCCGAGACUGUCCGGACUGGAGCGACGAGCCGCUGAAGGAGUGCAAUCUGAACGAGUGUCUGCUGAACAACGGAGGCUGCUCGCACAUCUGUAAGGACAUGGUGAUCGGCUUCGAGUGCGACUGCACGCCUGGACUGCAGCUCCUGGACCACAAGACCUGCGGAGACAUCAAUGAGUGCAUGAAUCCUGGCAUCUGCAGCCAGAUCUGCAUCAACCUGAAGGGGGGCUACAAGUGUGAGUGCCACAACGGCUACCAGAUGGAUCCUGCUACUGGAGUCUGCAAGGCUGUGGGUAAGGAGCCGUGCCUGAUCUUCACCAACCGGCGGGACGUGCGGCGCCUGGGUCUGGAGAGGAAGGAGUACACUCAGAUCGUGGAGCAGCAGAGGAACGUGGUGGCUCUGGACGCAGACUUCAAACAGCAGAUGAUCUUCUGGGCCGACCUGGGUCAGAAGGCCGUCUUCAGCACGGUUCUGGACAAACGGGACGUAGGCGCUCACAGGAAGGUGAUCGACGUCCAGUCCCCGGUGGGGAUCUCUGUGGACUGGAUCUACAAGAACCUGUACUGGUCCGACCUCAGCACCAAGACCAUUUCUGUGGCCAACUUUAACGGAACCAAGCAGAAGGUUCUGUUCAGCAGAGGCCUGAUAGAACCCGCCUCCAUCGCCGUGGACCCCCUGUCAGGGUUCCUGUACUGGUCCGACUGGGGGGAGCCGGCUAAGAUCGAGAAGUCUGGUCUGAACGGAGUGGACCGGAAGGUUCUGGUGGCGACAGACAUCCAGUGGCCCAACGGGAUCACACUCGACCUGAUCAAAGGCCGGCUGUACUGGGUCGACUCCAAGCUGCACGUCCUGAGCAGCGUGGACCUGAACGGAGACAACAGGAAGAGGGUUCUGCAGUCUGCAGAGGUCCUGGCCCAUCCCUUCGCCCUCACCGUCUUCGAGGACCGGGUCUUCUGGACCGACGGUGAGAGCCAGGCCAUCUACGGCGCCAACAAGUUCAGUGGUUCUGAUGUGGUGACGCUCGCCAACAACCUGAACGACCCGCAGGACGUCAUCGUCUACCAYGAGCUGAUCCAGCUCUCCGGUACAAACUGGUGCACAGAGAAAGGAGAGAACGGMGGCUGCAGCUUCCUGUGUCUACCUGCUCCACAAAUCAACAAACACUCUCCUAAAUACACCUGUGUGUGUCCCGACGGUCAGGAGCUAGCAGCCGACGGCUUCCGCUGCCGACCAGAGGCCAAUGUGAGCACGUCCAUCCAGGUGGACUCUACUGCCAGAGGUUCUGCUGCAGCCUGGGCCGUCCUUCCUGUCU